GCGCUGGUGCUGCCCUCUGCCUGGAGCCUGGUGCCCCCCCUGUUGUGAUGCCUCUGAUGGAGUGCUGGAGGGAUGUGUGUGGCAGUCCUUGGUCCCACACCCACUUCUGAGGUGUCAUCUGCAGCACACUUGCCCGCUACCAUUUUUCCUGUGCACGUAGCUCCCUGGCCGGGUCCUGUUGUGGCCAUCUGAGAUCCUGGACAUGACCGUGGCUGGUGCCCUUGGCAGCCAUUGGGUGUCUUGAGUGGAAGUAGCUGCCUGCUGUCUCUCACCCAUGGCUUAGAAGAUCCGCGUCCCUGGCUUAGCUCCUGGACCCUAAGAUAUUGCAGUGGCUCCCAUCCUGAUCCCCACCUCCUGAGCAUGGAAAUUCAUGUGCAUUCAUGUCACAGAGCCACCUUGGAUGUCAGCAUGGUAUUGUAUUGGUGUUGAGGACACAGCCUUGAACAGGACAAUCCAAAGGUACUUUCAGAGCUCAUAACCCAGGACAGCUGCUGCCUGGGACAGGUGACCCAGGCACCCCACUAGGGCAACGGCCCCUGCCCCACGGGCUGGGAUCAUGAAAGGCCUCGGUGACAGCCGCCCCCGCCACCUCUCCGACAGCCUGGACCCACCUCAUGAGCCCCUCUUUGCCGGGCCUGACCGCAACCCCUACCUGCUGUCUCCCACAGAGGCCUUUGCCCGGGAAGCCCGCUUCCCUGGGCAAAACACACUGCCGGGGGACAGCCUCUUCCCACUUAACAACCAGCUGCCCCCACCAAGCAGCACCUUCCCCCGAAUCCACUACAACUCUCACUUUGAGGUGCCCGAGGAGAGCCCAUUCCCUAGCCACGCCCAAGCCACUAAGAUCAACCGGCUGCCAGCCAACCUCCUGGACCAGUUUGAGAAACAGCUGCCUAUCCACCGGGAUGGCUUCAGCACCCUCCAGUUCCCUCGGGGUGAGGCCAAGGCCAGGGGUGAGAGUCCUGGCCGAAUUCGCCACCUGGUCCACUCUGUGCAGCGGCUCUUCUUCACUAAGGCGCCCUCGAUGGAGGGCACCACGGGCAAGGUGGGUGGCAAUGGCAGCAAGAAAGGUGGCCUGGAGGACGGGAAAGGCCGGAGAGCCAAAAGCAAGGAACGGGCCAAGGCUGGGGAGCCCAAACGGCGAAGCCGCUCCAACAUCUCAGGCUGGUGGAGUUCAGAUGACAACUUGGACGGUGAGGGUGCCGCCUUCCGCAGUGGCCCUGCCUCGGGGCUGAUGACUCUAGGCCGCCAGCCAGAACGUACUCAGCCCCGCUACUUCAUGCACGCCUACAACACCAUCAGUGGACACAUGCUCAAAACCACCAAGAACACUACCACGGAGCUGACUGCCCCACCACCCCCGCCUGCUCCCCCCGCCACCUGUCCCAGCCUUGGAGUGGGCACUGACACCAACUAUGUCAAACGAGGCUCCUGGUCCACUCUAACCCUCAGCCAUGCCCAUGAGGUCUGCCAGAAGACCUCAGCCACCUUGGAUAAGAGCCUGCUGAAGUCCAAGUCUUGCCACCAGGGUCUGGCCUACCAUUACCUGCAGGUGCCCGGCGGAGGUGGAGAGUGGAGCACCGCGCUGCUGUCCCCUCGGGAGGUGGAUAGCUCAGCGGAGGGGCCCAUCCCCUGUCGGCGCAUGCGCAGUGGCAGCUACAUCAAGGCCAUGGGCGACGAAGACAGUGAUGAGUCUGGAGGUGGUAGCCCCAAGCCUUCACCCAAGACCGCAGCGCGGCGUCAGAGCUACCUGAGGGCCACGCAGCAGUCUCUGGGGGAGCAGAGCAACCCCCGCAGGAGUCUGGACCGCUUAGAUUCAGUGGACAUGCUGCUACCUUCCAAGUGCCCCAGCUGGGAAGAGGAAUACAACCCCAUCAGUGACAGCCUCAAUGACUCCAGCUGUAUCAGCCAGGUUUUUGGACAGGCUUCUCUGAUCCCCCAGUUGUUUGGCCAUGAUCAACAGGUCCGGGAGGCAGAUCUGAGUGACCAGUAUGAGGCAGCCUGUGAGUCGGCCUGCAGUGAAGCUGAGUCCACAGCGGCAGAGGCGCUAGAUUUGCCGCUGCCCAGCUACUUCCGCUCACGCAGCCACAGCUACCUGCGAGCCAUCCAGGCAGGCUGCUCGCAGGAGGAGGACAGUGUCUCCCUGCAGUCCCUCUCCCCACCGCCCAGCACUGGCAGCCUCAGCAACAGUCGCACGCUUCCAAGUUCAUCAUGCCUAGUGGCAUAUAAGAAGACCCCACCACCGGUCCCUCCACGUACUACAUCAAAGCCGUUCAUCUCAGUCACCGUCCAGAGCAGUACUGAGUCUGCACAGGACACCUACCUGGACAGUCAGGACCACAAGAGUGAAGUGACGAGCCAGUCAGGCUUGAGCAACUCAUCAGACAGCCUGGACAGCAGUACCCGACCGCCCAGUGUGACACGUGGUGGAAUCAGCCCAGGCCCUGAAGCUCCGGAGCCACCCCCUAAGCAUGCAGCUCUGAAGAGUGAACAAGGGACACUGACGAGCUCUGAGUCCCAUUCCGAGGCCAUCCCCAAAAGGAAACUGUCAUCAAUAGGAAUACAAGUUGACUGCAUUCAGCCAGUGCCAAAAGAGGAGCCCAGUCCCGCUACCAAAUUCCAGUCCAUCGGGGUUCAGGUAGAGGACGACUGGCGAAGCAGUGCCCCCUCUCACAGCAUGUCCUCCCGUCGGGACACUGACUCCGAUACCCAGGAUGCCAAUGACUCCAGCUGUAAGUCAUCUGAGAGGAGUCUCCCAGACUGUACCCCGCACCCCAAUUCCAUCAGCAUUGAUGCUGGCCCCCGACAGGCCCCCAAGAUUGCCCAGAUCAAGCGCAACCUCUCCUAUGGAGACAACAGCGACCCUGCCCUGGAGGCGUCUUCGCUGCCCCCACCUGACCCUUGGCUGGAGACCUCCUCCAGCUCCCCAGCAGAGCCAGCCCAGCCUGGGGCCUGCCGCAGAGAUGGCUACUGGUUCCUGAAGCUCCUUCAAGCAGAAACGGAGAGACUGGAAGGCUGGUGCUGCCAGAUGGACAAGGAGACCAAAGAGAACAACCUCUCUGAAGAAGUCCUAGGAAAAGUCCUCAGUGCUGUGGGCAGUGCCCAGCUCCUGAUGUCCCAGAAAUUCCAGCAGUUCCGAGGCCUCUGUGAGCAGAACUUGAACCCUGAUGCCAACCCCCGUCCAACAGCCCAGGACCUGGCAGGGUUCUGGGACCUGCUGCAGCUGUCCAUUGAGGACAUCAGCAUGAAGUUUGAUGAGCUCUACCACCUCAAGGCCAACAGCUGGCAGCUGGUGGAGACCCCCGAGAAGAGGAAGGAAGAGAAGAAACCACCACCUCCGGUUCCGAAGAAGCCAGCCAAAUCCAAGGCGGCAAUGAGCCGCGACAAAGCCUCAGACGCAGGGGACAAGCAGCGUCAGGAGGCCAGAAAGAGACUCCUGGCAGCCAAGCGAGCAGCGUCUGUGCGGCAGAACUCAGCCACAGAGAGUGCGGACAGCAUCGAGAUUUAUGUCCCUGAGGCCCAGACCAGGCUCUAAGGCCACAAAGGAGAAAGCACUCAAUUUUAAAUCAUUAAAAACUCAAUGCAAAUGGAACAGCGUUUUCUCACCCUUUAGUAUGGUUAUUAUCUCUAGAGACCCUGAGCCAACUUUCCAAUUGACACAAACAAGGGCUCACAAUGUGGCUUUUCUGGGUCCCUCCAAGCUUUAGGUUAUGAAGACUUGACUCACAAAAACAAAAAAAAAUUUAAAUACCACAAUCUAGCCCCUUUUCCCUUUGGGCUGCCAUGGCGGACAACAACAACUUGGACAGCCCUGGCCUGGCCUCCAGAUUGCAGUCUUUUUACUUCUGUCUGCUGGGGACUAGCUUGUUUACAGGACGACGACAGUCCACGGCAGCCUUGGGCCCCUGCCAUGCCCCUCCCUUCCCAACAUCCCACGGCUUUUCUUUUCCUUUCAGAGCUCACACAGGGGUCACCACCGUGGCCAGUAGCUUUCUGGUUCAUACCCUUUGGGGCUGAGGGCACAGAGGACAGAAAUGGGCAGCACUCCUCCCUCUCCCCAGCCUCCCCGCUAAGUGCUCACACACUGUCGGCCCGCGCACACAGAUGAGGUGCCCGCCCUCCGCUGCCAUCCAACUGCCUUGGCAGUGUCAGGCUGGACUGGCCUCUGAGCAGACGAGAAAAGUGAUGGUCCUUGGAGCACGUGUGGGGAAGCCAUGGUUACCGUGCUCCAGCCCCUUCAGAAAAUUCAGGACUCCCAAGUGGCUUCCAAGGAGUUGUCUGUCAUUGGCCGCACCUUUGUCCAGUCCCCCCUGGGACAGGUGGCGGUGUCUGUACGUAUGUGUACAUAUGCACAUAGACCUUAGAGUGUAUAUUUAAUAAACGCCCAUCUGCUCACCCAAGCCCACCAGCGCCGCUGCCACCGGCUCUUGGGGUACCUGCAGGAGGCGGGUGUGUGAAUAGCAUAUAUUUUUACAUGUACUAUAUCUAGGUGUGUGUACAAGUGUGUGUAAAAAUAUGCCUUGUGUGUAAGCAGCCCCCCUUUUUUGGUUGUCCACCCAACCCAUCAGCCCAGCCUCUUGUUUUUUAUUCUGUUGUAAUUUUCAUCCCAAUCUCUCCUGUCCCCCACUUCUAUACUCCUAUUCCCAAGGUAUUCUGAGCCCUGAGCUGCAAAGGCCUAGGCCCACAGAGCAGGAUGGGGAGGGCAAGGCUGGGUCAGGCCACCUAGAGGGGGUCGGACCCAGCAGAUGAUUUGGCAUACCAGGGGCUGUUCCAUGCUGUGGGUAUGACUCAAGGGCAUUGGGGACAUCCUUUUGUCUGGCGCGUGCUGCAGGGGUCCCCUGGGUCCCCCAGGUGAAGCAAGGCCUGCUCUAGGGGCCUGUUCUAGCUUGGCCGCCCCCUCUGUGACCUUGGGCAAGUCACUUGACCUCUGUGUGCCUCAACUUCCUCCUCUGUAAAAUGGGGACAGUCCCUGCCCCUCCCUACCUCACAGGCAUGUAGUGAGAAUAAAUGAGGUAACGUGUA